AUGGGCUCUGCAGAGGACACCGAUUAUGUCCAGCGGUUUGAGACGCUCCAACUCCAUGCUGGCCAGGAACCUGAUCCAAACACCAAGGCCAGAGCAGUGCCCAUCUAUGCAACCACAUCAUUCACUUUCAAUGACUCCGCUCAUGGCGCCAGGUUGUUUGGCCUUAAAGAGUUCGGCAAUAUCUAUAGCCGAAUAAUGAAUCCCACAGUCGAGGUGUUUGAGAAGCGUAUCGCUGCUCUAGAGGGAGGCCUGGCCGCUGUGGCAGCUUCUUCCGGACAAUCUGCACAGUUCAUGGCUAUAUCUGCUUUGGCACAUGCUGGAGACAAUAUUGUGUCCACCUCGAAUCUAUAUGGCGGCACUUACAACCAGUUCAAAGUGCUCUUUCCACGACUGGGCAUUCAGACUAAAUUUCUGACCUCCGAAAAGCCUGAGGAUUUCGAAAAAGCAAUCGAUGACAACACUAAAGCUGUGUAUGUCGAAAGCAUUGGAAAUCCAAGAUACAACGUUCCAGAUCUCGAAGCGAUCAGCCAGGCUGCACAUGCCAAAGGUGUGCCUUUGAUUUGUGACAACACAUUCGGCGCUGGUGGCUACUUCUGUCAGCCGCUGAGACACGGUGCUGAUAUUCUCGUCCAUAGUGCAACAAAAUGGAUUGGGGGACACGGUACAACGAUUGGUGGUGUGAUCGUGGAUUCCGGGAAGUUUGAUUGGGCAAAGAACGCAAAGCGAUUUCCACAAUUUAAUGAUCCUGCUCCAGGAUUCCAUGGUCUCAAAUUCCUGGACACAUUUGGGCCGAUGGCAUUCAUCAUACGUCUCCGAGUAGAAAUUCUCCGAGAUUUGGGUGCAUGUAUGAAUCCCUUUGCCGCACAACAGUUGCUGCUCGGUGUCGAAACCCUGAGUCUACGUUGUGAAAGACAUGCAAGUAAUGCAUUGAAGCUAGCGACAUGGCUAAAGGAUCACAAAAACGUCGCCUGGGUGUCAUAUCCAGGAUUAGAAGAUCAUCCGAAUCACCAGCUUGCGAAGAAGUACUUACCGAGAGGCUUUGGUGGUGUUCUGUCUUUUGGUGUCAAGGGCGGAUCUGCCGCCGGAUCCCAAGUCGUCGAUGGCUUCCAAAUGAUCUCCAAUCUUGCAAACGUUGGAGAUGCAAAGACACUAGCUAUCCACCCAUGGUCAACAACACACGAACAAUUAACCGAGCAGGAGCGACUGGACUCUGGCGUCACAGAAGACAUGAUCCGCAUAUCUGUUGGCAUUGAGCACAUCGAUGACAUUAUACAUGACUUCGAGCAGAGCUUCGCGGCUAGUGAUGCUAUGAAGGCUGAUGCAAAAGCAACUCCAGAAAACGCAACCAAGACAGGAAGUUCAGACACUGCAGCAAGUCUGAGUGGUGCUACCUGA